UCUUGGAGUUCGGUUGACUUACGUCAGAUAAAUUUUGUAAACAUAAAUAAAUCGUUAAUCGUUAAAUUUUUAUCGUGUGGUAAAUGUACAUUGGUAGUGAUGUGGUCGGUUCUACUGCUUUUGUCAGCUACCACCGUGCUAUCAGUCCCUCUUCCUGACGCUUCACGGAACCAGGAGACAUGUGGAUAUGAUAGUUGCCCAGAAGCAGAUGCUAGUGUACUCAAUGUACAUAUAGUACCUCACACACAUGACGACGUCGGCUGGUUGAAGACCGUCGAUCAAUAUUACUAUGGAAGUCGUAAUAAUAUACAGAAAGCAGGUGUCCAGUAUAUCUUGGACUCUGUAGUUAAAGAGCUAUGGGAAGAUCCGAAACGAAGAUUUAUAUACGUAGAGACAGCAUUCUUUUGGAUGUGGUGGACGAAACAGACAGACAAAGUGCGAGAUAAAGUCCGUACAUUAGUUAGACAAGGACGUCUACAAAUGGUGGGCGGAGCUUGGAGUAUGAAUGAUGAAGCAGCUUCACAUUAUCAAAGUACUAUUGACCAGUUUACAUAUGGACUUAGUAAAUUGAACCAAACCUUUGGUUCUUGUGGUCGUCCUCAUGUUGGUUGGCAAAUAGACCCAUUUGGUCACUCCAGAGAAUUCGCAUCUCUUUUAGCAGCUAUGGGUUACGAUGGUCUCUUCUUAGGCAGAAUAGAUUACCAGGAUAAGAGAAAUAGACUGAUGGAGAAGAAGAUGGAAAUGGUAUGGAGAGGAGAUGAUAGUUUAGGUAAAUCAUCAGAUAUAUUUACUGGUGUUUUAUACAAUACGUAUUCACCUCCACCUGGAUUUUGUUUCGAUGUACUUUGCAACGAUGAACCAAUCAUAGAUGACCCCAGUUCGCCUAUGUACAAUGUGGAUCAAAAGAUAACGGAUUUCCUGGAUUACGUGAAGGAAGCAAGCAAAAGAUAUAGAACAAAAAAUGUUCUUAUCACAAUGGGGGGUGACUUUACUUACCAAGAUGCAAGCAUGUGGUAUAACAACUUGGAUAAGUUGAUUAAACACACAAAUCUGAAGUCUGCUAAGGAAGGACUCGGUAUAAAGGCUUUUUACUCCACACCUGACUGCUAUUUGAAAGCUGUUAAGAAUGCUUAUCCCAGUUUACCGACAAAACAAGAUGAUUUCUUUCCAUACGCGAGUGAUCCUACCGCAUAUUGGACUGGAUAUUUUACUUCUAGACCAACAACUAAAUAUUUUGAGAGGGAAUCUAAUGCAUUUUUACAGAUGGUAAAAAAUCUUCAAGUGAUGUUAAAUCUUCCCAAACACAAUCAAUUUGUUAUUGACGAAUUGAAAAGCGCAAUGGGUGUGAUGCAACACCACGACGCCAUCACAGGCACAGAGAAGCAACACGUGGCUCACGACUACGAGAGAAUACUGAACAAUGCUAUCGAAGAUGUCAUGAUUGUACCUAACCAGGCUUACAAUAAAGUUUUAAAAGCCAAAGGUUACGAAGGACCACAACUGGAAUACAAAAGAUGUCAUCUAAAUGAAUCGUCUUGCAGCAUCUCUGAACAGAAAAAAGCUUUCAUAGUGACAGUAUUCAAUCCGUUAGCUUGGUCUGUGGUUGAACCUAUAAGAAUACCUGUUGUUGAUGGUAGUUACACUAUUAAAGGACCUAAUGCAACAGAAAUAAAAUAUCAAAUAUUAGAUAUACCAGAAUCAGUUAAAAAUAUACCAACAAGAAAAUCUUUAGCAACACAUGAAUUAAUAUUCAUAACUAAACUUGAACCAUUAAGUUUUCAAACUUAUCACAUUAUAAAAAAUGAAAAAAUCAAAAGAAACAUCAAAACACUUAAUAAUGAAAGAAAAAAUGAUUUUUACACCAAUUUAAACGAUUAUUGGACGAAUAUAAAAACUCCAGUUGAUAUAAAAAAUCUUGAAGAUAAAGAAAAAAGAAUUCCAGAUGCAAUAUGUAAUGAAAAUCUAGAUAUUAAAGAUAAAAAUCUAGAUUUUGAUGUAUUAAAAGUUUCUAAUGAUGGUAUUAGUAAAGAUAUAUUAGAAUUGGAGAAAAUAAUAAGAGAUGCGAAAAGAAAUACAAAGAAAGAACAAAGAGAGAAUUUGGCUAAGAAAUUAAACUAUCCAAGUUUAAAUGAUGAAGAAAUGAGAAUGUUGUCUGAUGACCCCGCUGUUGUUAGCAUGUUUGAAGAUAAUUAUAUUGAAAAUCAGGUAAUGAAACUACGUUUAGACAACAAUUUAGAUAUAAUAACACUAAUAGAAAAUUCAUCUUCAUUCAAUUUGGCUAUAAAAUUAUAUUACUGGUCAGCUUGUUUCGGUGACAACACAAACACAUCCGAACGUUCUUCGGGAGCUUAUAUUUUCCGUCCGAAUAUAACAAAACCUAUAAAAUUAUCACCAAUAAAUUCCGAAAUUAAAAAAGGAUCAAUAGUAUCUGAAGUUAGGACAAUUUACACGGGAAAUGUUAGCACAACAACACGUCUGUACAAAGAUUUAGAUUAUUUUGAAGUUGAUUUCACUGUAGGGCCUAUACCUAUAGAUGAUAAUAUAGGAAAAGAAUAUAUUAUUAGAUACGAAACAGAUUUAAAUAAUAAUGGUGUAUUUUACACUGAUUCUAACGGUAGACAGAUGCUAAAACGAAAACUAAACCAUAGACCACAAUGGAAUUUGACAUUAGCUGAACCGAUCGCGGGAAAUUAUUAUCCAAUAACUAAUAAAAUAUAUAUAGAAGAUGAAAAUAAUCGUCUGUCUGUGUUAACAGAUAGAUCACAAGGUGGUACUUCUUUAAAUAAUGGGGAUAUAGAAAUUAUGUUACAUCGAAGGUUAUUACAUGACGAUGCUUUUGGUGUAGGAGAAGCGUUAAAUGAAAUUUUAAACGAUAAAGGUUUAGUUGUUAGAGGUACACAAAGAAUAUUAACAAAAAAAUCUGAUUUAAUAGAAAAAAAACGUGUUUUAGAGUUCCAUUAUAAACCAAUAAUAUUAAUAGCCGAUGCUGAAGGUUUAAAUUUAUCUAACGACCAUAGAUUUGUUGGUUUAUACUCUGUGCCGAAUGGUGUUCAUUUAUUAUCUAUAGAACCUUGGAGUGAAACGUCAUUGUUGUUAAGAAUUGAAAAUUAUUUGGAUAAAUCUAUUAAUUCGACUGUUGAAGUAAAUUUGAAUGAAUUAUUUAAUUUUAUUAAGAUUAAUUCAUUUAAAGAGACAACUUUAGCCGCUAAUCAAUGGUUGGAUGAAUAUGAGAAAUUAAAUUGGACCACAGAUAGUGAAACUAUUAAUUAUGAAUCAAAUGAGUCUAUUCUUGAUGAAGGUUUUAUAGUGAAAAUUAAAGCGAAACAAAUUCGUACAUUUAUUAUUGAUUAUAAUUAUGUAGAUGUUAUGCAAAAAUCUUGA